AAAAUAAUGGAUUAGGAUGUCUUUCUGAGAAAAUAAUGGUUUAUAAUGACACAUGAAGGGAAAAUAGAGCAAUUUUAUGAUAUCAAUUUGAAAAAAGUGAUAGGAUCUGGAACUUAUGGAAGUGUAGUGAAAGCAACGUUAAAGGGUACAAAGAAUUAGAGAGCAGUGAAGGUGAUUCCUAAAAGUAAGGUGAAAAACCCUGAUCGUUUUAAGAAAGAGAUUGAUAUAUUGAGAUAGUUGGAUCAUCCAAAUAUCAUAAAAUUAUAUGAAACUUUCGAGGAUCAAAGAAAUGUGUAUUUGGUUAUGGAGUAUAUUAUUAUAUGAUUUAUAAAGAUUAUGUGAAGGAGGAGAAUUGUUUGAUCGUAUAAUGGAUAAAGGUUACUUCAGUGAAGCAGAGGCUCAUGAAAUCUUUCUGUAAAUAAUGCAGGUAAGAUUAUAAAUAAUAAAAAUAUAGGCUUUAAAUUAUUGUCAUACGAAUGGUAUUUGUCAUAGAGAUUUGAAACCAGAAAACUUUUUGUUUUUGACAAAGGCAGAUGAUUCUCCAAUAAAGGUAAUAGAUUUUGGAUUGAGUACAUUAUUUGAAGAUACGGUGGGUUAAAAAGCAUCAGGAAGUUAGAAAGUAACAAUGAAGACAAAAGCAGGAACUCCAUAUUAUAUAUCUCCUGAAGUAUUAAAAGGAAGUUAUGAUGAAUCUUGCGAUAUUUGGAGUGCAGGAGUGAUUUUAUAUAUAUUGUUAUCUGGAGUACCUCCAUUUUAUGGUGAUAGUGAUCCUGAGAUAUUGGAUGCUGUAUAGAAAGGAGAGUAUACAUUUGAAAUACCAGAAUUAAAAUAAGUAAGUGAUUCAGCUAAGGAUUUGAUAUCACAUAUGAUUACUACACCAGAUAAGAGAUAUAAGGCAUCUUAAGUAAUUUAGCAUAAAUGGAUGAAGGAUGGCAGUAAAAAUACAAAAUGUAAAUAUAUUAAAUAUAUUAAUAAUUAGAAUUGAAAUUAAAUUUUGGAUAAUUGAAAAAUUUCAAUGGUAGUAAUAAACUAAAGAAGGUUGCUUUAACAUUUAUAGCUUCAUAAUUGAAUGAAUAGGAAAUUGCUGAUUUAGGAAAGUAUCUAAUUAUAUAGCUAAAUUAGAUUAUUCAAAUAAUUAGAUAAAAAUGGAGAUGGUGUUCUCACAAUUGAUGAAUUAAGAGAGGGAUUGAUUGGAAUGAGUGAUGUUUAAGCUAAAGAAUUGGGAAACAUUAUUAAGAGUAUUGAUACUGAUGGAAAUGGAACUAUUAAUUAUACAGGUAAUAUUGUUAUUCUUAUUAUGUUUUAAAGAGUUCUUAGCAGCAACAAUGGAGAAAUCUUUAUAUAUGAAAGAGGAGAAAUUAUAUUAAGCUUUUAAGAUGUUAGAUUUAGAUGGAAGUGGUAAAAUUGAUAAGCAUGAAUUAUAAACUGUUUUGGGAAGUAAUAAAUUAUAUUUAUGAAUUAGAGAGUGAAAAAAUUAUAGAUGAAAAAUAUUGGGAUGAUAUGAUUAAGGAAGCUGAUAAAAAUGGAGAUGGAGAGAUCGAUUAUAAUGAAUUUAUUGAGAUGAUGGACAAGUUUAGUUUAAUGAAUUGAUCAAUUAUUUUAUUGUUAUAAAUUUAUUAAU